AUGACGCCUCCCAGAAUUAAAAGGUCCAUCUCGGUGGACUCAAUUGCACCCACGCUCAGCUCAUUGUUCAGCAGAAAGAGGUCCAGAAGAUCGUUUGAGUCGAAUGAGACCCCAGUAGAGACACCGCAGGAAUCCUCGGCAGGGGAGGAAGAGAGCAACGAAGAUAAAAACUCGGAUGACGACGAAUACGAAUCAGUAGACGAACUGAAAACCAACGGAGACAGGGUCGAUAUUCCCCUCCCAGUUCGCAAGAGAAGAAAGACCGUGAAGACGGCCAAGCAGAUCGAGUUCGAAGAGAACGAAAGAAAGUUGGAUGAAGAGUUGCCAGAGGAUCUCCGCAAGUUUAGACCCAAGGGCUACAAGUUCAACAUCCCGCCUAAAGACAGACCAAUCCGAGUAUACGCCGAUGGGGUUUUCGACUUAUUUCAUUUGGGACACAUGAAGCAAUUGGAGCAGGCUAAAAAGUCAUUUCCCAACGUACAGUUGGUUUGCGGUAUACCUUCAGAUAUUGAGACCCACAAGAGGAAGGGGUUGACCGUGUUGACCGAUCAACAAAGAAUCGAAACAUUACAGCACUGUAGGUGGGUUGACGAGGUCAUUCCUAAUGCGCCAUGGUGUGUGAAUACAGACUUUCUUCUCAAGCACAAGUUGGACUACGUUGCCCAUGAUGAUCUUCCCUACGCAUCGACAGACUCGGACGAUAUCUAUAAGCCCAUCAAAGAAAUGGGGAUGUUUUUGACUACUCAGAGAACCGAAGGGAUCUCCACGAGUGAUAUCAUUACCAAGAUUAUCAGAGAUUACGACAAAUACUUAAUGAGAAACUUCGCCAGAGGGGCUACGAGAAAGGAGUUGAAUGUCAGUUGGUUAAAGAAGAAUGAAUUAGAAUUCAAAAAGCAUAUCAACGACUUCAGAACAUACUGGAAGAGGAAUCAAACGAACAUAAAUAAUGUCAGCCGCGACUUGUAUUUUGAAGUUAGAGAAUACAUGAGAGGAAGGAAAUUCGAUAUGGGUUCGUUUUUGGAGAACGCUUCUCUCAAUAGCGAAAAGUCUUCAGGGUUGGAUUCAAUCGCAUCGUCAAGAGGCUCGUCUCCUUUGACUGAUUUUGCUGCUAAAUACAUUGGAAACGCAAACAAGGAGCUAAAUAGAGAAAGAGUACAGAAGAAGAAUCUUUUUGCUAAUGUAAAGGAAUGGAUGUUGAGAGAUGAUUCGCACGAUGAGUACAGCACUAACGACGAGAUGUCCAAGGAUCCAACUGUGAUGGAGCCAAAGGUUCCAAAGACUAGGCAGGAUAAUGCUAAAGCCAAUGCUAAAACGGGGGCCAAGGCGGGGGAGGAAUUGGACCGUGAGGCAGAGCCUGAUGCAGAGGAAUUAGCUACCGAUACACCAAAGGGUAGAAAAGCCCCGAGUUCACCUAGAAAGGUGAGGAAAGUUCCUAACAAGAAGACCAAAAAGAGCUCCUGA